UUUUUUUUUUUGUUCUUAUUCUUUUCGUUUUUAUUGAUCUCAGGUCCUCCUUCUUCCCCUCCUUUUUGAUUUUUUUCUUCUUUCUUUAUAUUAGUAUUGGGUCUUUUCAUAAGGUCUAUUUUUUUUUUCCAUAGUCAUCCUUUUCUACCAUUUUUUUUUUGACUAUCCCUUCUUUAUCUCUUCCCUCACAUACAAUCACAUUAUAUACGUAUACAAUCAUAUACAUAAUCUAUGCGUCAUCGUGGCAAAAAUACCAAAACUAUUGAUAUUCGACUUCAUGAAGAAAAGUUUUAUUUCCCUGGUGAAACCAUAAAAGGUGCUGUUACUAUCCAUCCGAAAAGUCCAACUAAAACCAAUCAUAUUGUCAUAAGGUUCUCUGGUCAAGUCUUUAUAUCAGUCAAGGAUAAAGAAGUGAUCAAUUUAUUCUCAAAGACGAAAAUUCUACCCAUUUCUACUAUUGAAGAUACCAAAUCAUCUCAUGUAUUGGAUGCUAAACAACAUUCUUUUCCUUUUGAAUUUGUUGUUCCUGAUGAUCUUCCAAGCACAAUGGAGUUUGGUAAAAGGAAAGCAAGAGUGAAAUAUAUUCUUACUGCUAUUCACGAUCGACCCAUGGUACCAGAAUCUCUUUGUGCAAAAGUAUCUUAUACUGUACCUAUUUUAGAACUAAUUGAUGUUACUAAAACACCUUUUAUCAACUCCCAAGAAAAAUCAAUGGAUAUUUUAUUGCCUGGUGCAAAAUACAACAAGAAAUGUCAAACUACUGCCUCAAUGCCAAGAUUUGGAUAUACGCGUGGUGAAAUUGUUCCUUUGAAAAUCGUCAUCAAUCAUUUUGAAGCCUUCUCUUUACAAAAUGCUUUGGAAGUAGAAUUGGUCCGUACUGUAGAGAUUCGUACCCAAAAGAAUACGGCAUCAACAGAGGAUAUUCUAAAAGUGGUGAAACAAGAUAUCAAAAUAAUUGGACCUUACAAUUUCUCACAAUCAACGACAUGUCAAUUAAUGAUUCCUACUUCAACACCUCCUACUAUUCGGUUUAAAGACAAGACACUACAUAUACACUAUAAGGUUCGUGUUAGGGUGAAAUUAAGCAGUACGAAGAAAUCUGUAUCAAGUCUGGAAAUGCCUUUUGUUGUUGGAACUUGGCCUCGUGCGGAUAUACCUAUUGACGAUGAUGAUGAUGACGAAUUGAUAGAAUUAUUAGGGGAAACAAUGCUCAGCGAUGAUGACGAUGAUGAUGAUGAUAAUAGCAAUCCAGGAAAUAAUGAUUUGGAUCGAAAGGAUACAAAUCAUUCAUCAACUCAUCACAAUCGAUAUUCAAUCAUGUCAGCAUCAUCAGCAACUACUUUGGCUUUACAAAAGAAUGAUCGUGUUGGAAGAUCUGAUUCGACACAAUCAAGGGUUUCUCAUCGAUCUAUUGGAUCCAUAUCUUCUUGGCGGUCUAGUCAAUCAUUGGAAAAUAAUAAUUUAUCACGUAACACAUCAACCAGUAUGACCCCAAUUGAUCAACAACAACAUCAAAUGUAUCAAGGUUUUGGACGAAGCAGCACAUCGAAUGAUAUUGUAUAUUCUUCACAAAAUGCCCUGAAUCGAUCUUCCUCUACACCUGACUUACUUGCAAAUCCAACUACAUAUCAUCAUGGACAUUAUACCGGUCCUGGUCAUUUACAACAUCAAAACACUUACCCAUUUCAAGAUAAUCGACAACAAACAUAUUAUGAUGAUGGAAUGCAUCGAGUACCUUAUUAUCAACAAAAUAUUUCACCAUACGCUACUUCUUCUCAACAACAACAUAUACCAUACUCAAAUAACAAUAAUAACUUGGAACGCGGAUCAAUAUCACCUUCAUCUUAUACAGCUUAUCAACAUAAUCGAAUGGGUUCAGAAGAAUAUCGAUCAAUGGGAUACUCAGCACCAUUACAACCAAAUCAAACCAUGAUAGAUGAUGUACCAACUAGAGUUCUUCAACCAAUGCCAUCAACGUCUACUCCUGCUACACCUGCCAUCAAUCGAUUCCGUACAACACAAAAACAACAAGACAAUAACAAUUCAACUCGCAGGAAUUAUGAUUAUUCAUAUUAUGAUGAUCUUACGGAUAGUGAAGAAGAUAAGAAAAGGAUAUCAUCAACAACCGUUAUUCCAGCAAUUACCACGGUAUCAGAUGAUGAUGAUGAUGAUGAUUCUGAUGAUGGUGAUUUAUUUGUUAUCAUUGAACGAAAGAAGAAACAAGCGGAACGGGAAAUGCGACAAAAGCAACGAACAAUGUAUACAGUAGCCGAAUAGUAUUUUUUUUUUAUCAACAAUAUAUAGUACUUUUUGUGGUAGUCAUAUAGUUUAUUUAUUCUAUUUUUUUUUUUUUUU